UUGUCUACUAUGUCAAUAACCCAAACAAGAUGUAUUCCCGUAAGGGAUAUGGCCCUUCUAAAGACAUUUUAUCAUACAAAGCAGGCCCCCAGACACUGAUGGAAAUACAGGACGGAUACACGGAACAACAACAACAGCAGUAUACGAAAUACUUAAAGCAAUUGAGAAUUGAAUUUCAACAGCGUUGGUGUAAACCGCCACAGUUCAACAUAGCAUUUUCUGAAUUGGAACGCGUCAAAACGUUGGGCACAGGUGCCUUCGGAAGAGUGAUAUUGCUUAAACAUACAAAAAGUAACAAAUUAUACGCAAUGAAAGUGUUGGAGAAAGAGAAAAUAAUUAAAAUGAAACAAGUUGAUCACACCUUGUACGAAAAACGUAUUCUAGAGGCAAUAAGAUUUCCGUUUACUGUCUCUAUGGAAUUUAGUUUCAAGGACAACAGUUACAUUUAUUUCAUAAUGACCUUCGUACCAGGUGGUGAAAUGUUCACUCACCUUCGUAGAAUGGGUAAGUUUGAAGAGCCGUUAGCAAAAUUUUACGCCAGCCAAGUCGUUCUAGCCUUGGAAUAUCUGCAUUUCUGCAAUUUAGUGUACCGAGAUCUAAAGCCGGAAAAUAUAUUGAUUGACAAAAACGGUUAUUUGAAAAUAACAGACUUUGGUUUUUGCAAAAAUUUACAAGGAAGGACGUGGACUCUGUGCGGCACACCAGAAUAUUUGGCUCCAGAAUUAAUUUUGAGUAAAGGAUAUGGGUUUUCGGUAGAUUGGUGGUCAUUUGGAGUGCUUCUUUACGAGAUGAAUGCCGGCUACCCUCCGUUUUACGCUAACGAGCCUAUGAAAACAUACGAGAAGAUCGUAGCCGGUAAAUAUAGAUGCCCCUCGAGUUUCAACGCCGAUUUAAGAGAUCUUGUGAGGAACGUGCUUCAAGUGGAUAUCAGCAAGCGUUUCGGCGUUAUGAAAAAUGGGGUGAUGGAUUAUAAAAAUCAUAAAUGGUUCAAAGGGAUAGAGUGGGAGGCUAUUUUAAAUUGUCGAUCCCAGCCACCCUUCGUUCCAAAAUAUAGAUCACCGGGUGACACUAGUAACUUUGAGCGUUAUGAAGAAGAACCGAUCGUUCCUGGGUCGUAUUGUCGUUUUGAAUCAGAAUUUAUGGAGUUUUAGCCGAAAUAAAGU